GUGGUCUGCCCAAUGGGCCUCUUCUCCUUCUCUGGGCUCGGCCCACUUUUCAAUUCUGUAACGGCACAGAGGAGAUCCUCCUCGCGCCCUUCACUCAUUCCUUCUUCCUCUUCGAACGGGAGAACAACUCCGCCUCGCCUUCCAGACUCGCUCGGUUUCUGGAGCAAUCCAUUCUUUUUCACAGGCUCCUCACAAGGCAAGGUCAUCCCGAAGAUCUUUGCUCCCCAUCCGCUCCUGCCACUAGCAAUCGGAGGCUCCAUCUCCCGCUACUCGUUUGCGCAUACAAGGUUCCACAUUCUUCAAGAAAAGGCUCUGUCGAUAAUCGAUCGCCAAGAAAAGGUCCUCCGAAAAAUCUUUGAUCACCAUCCGCUUCUGCCACAGUCAGAGGCUCGUACCAAUUCCAGGACUACUCCGACCACUCGAUCUCCGAUACAAGGUUGCAUAAUCAUCAAGAAGAGGCUCUUACCUUCCAGGACUCCCAGUACUCAUCUCCAAGACAAGGUUGCACGAUAAGAAAAAGUUCCAGGAGCUAUUCAGUACUUGAUCGUCAAGAACAGCUCAGUCCUCAAUCAUAGCAGGAUGGAGCCUCUGUAUAUGAAGGACUUCUUGAAGCACAACUUUUCGCUUCGAUGUCAAAAAGAUCGUUAUUGUUUUGGCUGUCAACUCGCUUUCUGUUCACAUUGUUGUCCAAACCACGAGGUCCAUCACCCACCACACACAAUGCUGAAAAUAGCACGGAUUAGGUUCAUCGGUGGCCAUGUCAUGAUAAGUGCUUUAGAUAGCAAAGGUGUUGGUUAUGAAUGGCGACGCAUACAAUGGCUGCGCUUUCAUGGUGAUCGGUGGAUGCAUCUGCAACGUCCUCAAGAUCCAGUUCCUUACGACCAAUAUCCACACACAUGCAUCGCUUGUGGGGACAAAAGAAAGUCAAAUUUUGAUUUCUGUGCUAUCUCAUGCCAAGUGCAACAUGACCCUAAUGCUAAUGGGACCAUUCAAGCCGCAAAUCUUCUCGCAGCUGGUUGGUUGGAUAUGGACUCUGAUACCUAUUGCACCCGUUGCCGCAAGGCCUUCCCUACAGCGUACUGUGAUUCGCACGUGGAAGUUCACCAUCCGAAUCAAGUCGCUGCCACCAUUGAGGUGUUCCACCAGGACGGCUGGUUUUUGGUCCAUGCUAAUCAACUAGUUAUUGCUCCUGCUACGUUUGAGGGCAUACUGCUUGUCGAGGUGGAUGGAGUGGCGAUGCACCCCAUCCGCAGCCGGCCACUGCACCAGCAGGUACCGCCCGUAGCUGACGGGAUGCACCCAUGCGCCGGUCCAUGCUACGAGGGUAUUCCCCUCGGAGCGCAGUUCUGCUCUAUACUUUGCCGGAAACUUGUCGAAGCUUAGGAGAUGAGGAAUGCUGGUAAGCUGCUGAGGAACUUGAGCAACAAGGAGCUGGUAAGCUGCAGAGGAACUUGAGCAACAAGGAAGCAAGGAAAGCAUUAGGUGUAGGCUUUAUACAAACAUCUCAUGUCGAUUCUUCACGGUAAACUGUAAAUGGUUACCAUGCCGUGUUUCUGAUCGCGAAACGGUGUAGGCUAUGCUCGAAUGGUACUUGAUCACGAACAACAGUGUGGAUACAUCAGCUUGUAUAAUUCAGAACCUGAUGUAACAUUGGCGGCCGGGCCCUGUAGUGGUCAGUCAACCCUUGUACUCUUAGGCAU